AUGGCUGACCGGAUACUAGUCGACUGGUUGCGGGUCGACUUUUAUGAUUUGGAGGAGGUAAUGGAUUAUGUUAAGGUAGGUUGCGCAGAGAGUAACCUACCCUACCCUUCCUUUCUAAAAACGUUUAAUAUUAAUAUAAAAUUUGAAUUUUAUAUUAUUUUAGUACACCAUGGUCUACUCACUGGUCAUAUCAGAGCUUCCAGUAUGUGCCGAACGCGUAGCCGCUUCUGUGUUUUCUAAAACAUACGAAGCCAAGAAGUUUCAUGUUUCUACAGUCUUGUUUUUUGGCUUUCAAGUAAGUGCCUAGCCUUAGCCCAGAGCCCUAGCCCAGAGCCCUAGCCCAAAGUCCUAGUCCAAAGCCCUAUCCCAGAGCCCUAGCCCAGAUUAGUAGCGCAGAGCCCUAGCCGAGAACCUCAGCCUAAAGCCCUAACGCAGAGCCCUAUCUUUAGUCCUAGCCUUAGCCCUAGUUCUAGUCCGAAACCAUAUGCCUAGCCUAAAGCGGUAGUCUAGAGUCUUGGACCAAAGCUUUAGUCCAAAGCACUAGCUCUAUCUUUAGAUCCAGUUCUAGCCUUGGCUUUAAUGUUAGCCUAGAUCCUUCGACUAGAGCCUUCUUCAAAAGCCCUAGCCCAGAGACAUAGACAAGAGCCGCAGCCUAGAGCCCAAGUCCAGAGGCCUAGCCUAGAAUUCUAAUUUAGAGUUCUAGUCAAGAUCUCUAGCUCUAGUCUCUGUUUUAGUUUUAGCAGUGGCCCUAAUCCUAGCUUCACACUAUCCUAGCUUUGCCUCUUUCCUUAGUUUCUGUUCUAGCUUUAUCUCCAGCCCUAGUCCUAGCACUAGCCCCUGUUCUAUUUUUAGCUCUAGCCCGAACUCCAGGCUACCUUGAAGCCGUACUCUUCACACAAAAUAAAGUUGUUAUAUUUCAAUUCCAGAUGACAUUGGGCAUGUUUAUAUCAACAAUAAGUAAUGCCAUGUACACAAGAGAGCAUUUUUUAUAUUAUUUGGUUAAACCCGAAAUGCAAGCUUAUGCUCAAGGAGUGUUGGCCUUCUUUUGUGCGUCUAUUUUACUGAAUUUUAUCGCUUUUGUGGUAAGGAAUACUGUAUUUUUUUUGGUUUCACUGUGCUUUCUUGAAGCCAUAUAAUAUUUUUUGGAGUUAGGCGAGUACUUUUGGCCCGGGUGUGGUAAAAUUUUUUUUUAUUUUUAAGGAGGGAGGGGGUGGUAAAAAAAUUUCUUUAGGAGGGUGGGGUUUUCAAGUGAAAUUUUAUAUUUUAUUUUAAACUCAAUUUAAAAUUUUUUUUAUAAUUUUUUUUUCAGAUUUUCAUUUACCUGGAGCAAGUGAACCUAAAACUAUAUAAUCGACCAAUUCGAAUCGGUGAAACAUUAAGCUACCGGUACCAACUGAAUGAGAAUGUAGCCAUAAAUCGUCUUUUAUUGCCAUGGAGUAUUAGCCUUUUCAUUUAGUGAGUUUUUUAUCGUUUCCCUGGGCCAGUCUAAGAGCUACCCUAGACUUUCUUAAGCCAUAACCUAGUCUAGGGUAGGUAGGGUUGGAUAAAUUAACACAAGGUGGGGUAGAGUACCAUAUAAGAUAAGGUAAAGUAAAGUAGAGUCGGUUAGUGUAUAAUAAAGCACGGUAAGGCAGGGUAGGGUAAAGCAGAUUUAAGGUAAGGCAAAAUGGAGUGAAAAAACUUUUUUGGUAGGAUAGAGUAGGGCAGGGUAAAACAACUUUUCUUUAUUUUAAACUUGUUUUCAGCUCAUUUGUAAUCCAAGGCAGUUUCGCAGUAGUUUUGUCUGGCAUGGUAACCUAUGAGUCCUCGGAAAUGAUACAUCAUUAUAUGACGUGUUUUGGUGUCACCGGAAAUUGUACUGCUCCUCUACUUUUAAUACUGUAAGUUCAUUUUUCUACAAAGAGCUUUUUAGUUCAUACUUCAGUGAGUGGGGUAGGAAGAGGAUACGAUAAUGUAAGAUACAGUAAUGAAGGGUACGGUAAUGUAGAGUAAGAUAAAGUAGGAUGAGUAAGGUAGGGCAGGGUAUGGUGAGGUACAGCAAUAUCUUAAAACAUCAUUUUUUCAGAUUCUCAACAAAGAUGCGAGCACGCUUUUUCGAAAAGGUCAAGUUUUUAAAAUGCACUGCCAAAGUGGACCAUGCCAAGCCGUACAAAGCCCCAAGGAUGGAAAGCAUUUGUGAUUCACAAGACCACUUUAAUAUUUUAGCAAAAGCUUGGGAUCAGUAA